AUGGGAAACUAAUAGGAUUAAAGUUACAAGGACUAUGCCUACAGAGUCAUAAAAAUUUAGCCAGGAUCACCAGCCGAAAAAGCAGGCUUAUUAGAAUUUUUCGAUUUCAUUCUCUAUAAUCCGGAAUUAAAUAAUGGGGAACUCCUCUCAGAACUUUUCUUUAAAAAUAUGACAAAAGAAGUAGAACUUGAAGUUUAUAAUUUUAUGACUAGUUCUGUAAGAAAAGUCAAGAUUGUUCCAAAAAAGCUAGCGAAUAGUUAAAACUAUAUUGGAGCUGAUUUGAAAUUUGAAAAUUACACUAAUGCACAUCUCUAUGUAUACAGAUUAUAUGAUGUCCAAGAAAAUUCUCCUGCCUUUUAUGCUGAAUUAGGAAUAAAUAUUGGCAUUGAUUACUUGAUAGCAAUUAAUGACUAAACUUAAUUUCAAUAAGUAUCGUAAAUUGGUGAUUUUUUAAUUGAGAGGAUUGGUUAGCAAGUAAAUAUGACUAUCUACAAUAAUAAAACAAAAAGCUUAAGGUAAGUCAUUAUUACACCUAGAAAUGACUGGGGUGGUCAUGGAAUCCUUGGCUGCCACUUGAUACAAGACAAAAUUUUGGAAUUUCAAGAAGUUAGUCCUAAUAAUGAAUUUGUCAUUGUUGACUCUGAAGAUCUUAUUAAUAUACCUUCUUAAAAUGUUGCUCAAACUCUUUCAAUUUAAAUUGUAGAGGAAGAGAAAAAAGAUACAAUAUAAAUUCAAAGUGCACCUCUAGCUUAAGAGUUCAAUCAUUCUUAUAUAACGCCAAUUAAGUAGAAGUAAGAAUCAGCUUCUUCAGAGAAACUAAGAGCAAAUUUAAUUAAUGAAAGAUAGGAUCCAAAUAAAAAGAAGAUAAACAGUCAUAGUUACCUUUAUCAAAUAGAAUCCCCAUAGAAGUAAAUCCAAAUUCAAAAUGAGGUAAAAAAAUAGAUUUAGGCUAUUGAUUUGAGAGAUUAGACUAUUUUGUUUCAUAGGUCAGAUGGCAAGAGAUCUGAAUUCCUGCUGAUUAAUGUAUGA